ACAAACGGUAAUAUAGCUGCCGAGGACUUAAUUUGUGCUCGUAUAUUGGCCAUUGUUUAUACAGAUGUAAAACAUAAGCACACAUUGUUAACACCGGGUAAAACGUACAUUUUGGCUUUCUCUGACUCGAUUUUUCCUCGCUGUUUUUGCCUGAAUUCGAGAGAGUGCCACCCUACCCGCGCCCCUCUUGCGCGGCGGACUGCCUGGCUGGUCGUCUGUGUAUCGUUAUCAUCAUCAUGCCUCCAAAGAGAAAGAUGCCGCCUGCAAAGAAGGCUGAGAAAAAGACAAAGUCCGUAGAAUCAGCAUCGCCAGAGGCAGCCGGUGGGGAUGCUACAGAGGAAAGGUACACAUUUUUCUACACAGUGAAGAGUCCGUUUAGUCAAUUUUAUCCUGCUGAAUUCACGGUGGACGGUGUCAAGUACAUGCACGCUGAGCAGUAUAUGAUGCAUCAAAAAGCAGUCUUGUUUGGCGAUGACUCUAUAGCUGAACAGAUGUUACAGGAAGUGAAUCCACCUGCGUGCAAGGCCCUCGGGAGAAAGGUGCAAGGUUUCGACCAACAGCGAUGGAAUGACAACAGAUGCAUCAUUGUCAAGAAAGGCAACUUUGCAAAGUUCUCACAGAAUCCAGACUUAAAGAGAUUGAUCCUUGACACUGAUGGUACUGUCCUCGUGGAAGCCAGCCCCAGGGAUUGCAUCUGGGGUAUCGGACUGGGUGCCGACAACCCAAAAGCCCAGAGGAAAGCAACCUGGAGGGGGAAGAACCUUCUAGGGUACGCUCUGACGGAGGUUAGGGAACAACUGAAACAGGAGUAGAGCCGCGGAGGGGAUGGACAUGGGUGUGAACAAUUAAAUCCUGGAGUCUGAAUGCUCUUAUAUAGCGCUCAUAUGUGGUGCUCAGUGAUGCUCAAGGUGCUCCAACGUUCUGUUGUUACCUGCAAGGUGUGCGAGAGACUAGAUGCAGCCAAUCAAACCAGGAACACCAGGGUGGUACCCUUCUCUAUUCAAUUAGUGCACUGUAUUCAUUUAUGUGCGUAAACACCACACAGGACCAAUGGCUUUACAUCCCAUCCGAACCAAUCAUGGGCGACCAGGACUCGAACCCCCACUUUGCUGAUCAGAAACAUCAGAGAUAGGCCCUGUGGGGCUUCUUUUGGGCAGAUGGAGUGGAAAUAAACUGAACUGGACUGAACUGAAGCUUGGAUCCAGUGCAGCUAAAAGAAGCUUGUAUUCCUUAUUCCCAGCUACUUCAAUUUCCCUAAACAUCCCCUGGCAGGACCACAUGAGAAACUCCAACCUGUAUGCUGGCUGGCCAAAGGCCACAGAGAAGAUCCGUGAACGCUGCCUCAAGCUUGCUGGGCACUGUGUCCGCCACUCAGAGCUUGCCGCUUGUCCAACCAUCCUCUGGGAGCCCACCCAAGGCAAGGCUUCGAGUUGGAGAAGAUGUCUCUCCUUUGUAGACACACUAAAACGAGACACCGGCUUGACCGGCGCUGAGGAACUUCGCUCCUGCAUGCUGGACCGGAACAUCUGGAGAAAUAUCACUGGGCAGGCUCGAGCUUCUAGAUGGCGCUCUACAUGAUGAUGACUUCAAUUAAAAACUAUUUGUGUGAGGUUUUGUCAUGUCUGGUACAAUGGCUUGAAUGGUCCACAAGUUGCAGGACCCUCAAAUUUGAUUCCCAAAUUAAAAGACAGUUUUGAAAUAUAUAUUUUUGACAACAGAUAUUUUAAACAAUCAUCAAAAUUAUCAGAAGAUCUUUUAUUGCUAGCUGCAAGAAGUAAGUUUAUUCAAUACCACUUCAUAACAAACUAAAAUAUAAUUAUUGGUAUUCAGGUAAUUGGUUAUACUGUUUUAAAUAAAGUUCUAAUUUAAUUAAUUUUAAGCACCAUUAUCACAAUCCUAAAGCUUCCUGCGAAUGCGUUACGAAUGUUGACGUUACAAAUUCGCAACAAAAAGUUUGCAGCAGUUGAACUCCGCUCAA